UAUACCCCUUUUAAUACAGCUCAAAACCUUGUUUGCCCUUGCAGCUGCUGCCUGGCAUUGCUUGCUACAGCCACUUGCUCCAGUUUACUAUUUCCUCAAUUUAAAUAUGCUCAAUAAUAACAUUAGUAUCAUAAAGCGUUAACUAGGAAGUUAUUGAUGGAUCUGAUAACACCCUAAAUAUGUAAUUUCAAUUGGGGUUAAAACUAUAUGUGACCUUAUAUUAAAUCUAACCCUAAUUAUUUAAUUAACUCAGAAAAUGAACUGGGAGAGAAAGCAAAGAAUUGCUAAGGUUUGUUGGAUAUUAGAUACAUUUUGUAUAAACUUACUGUAUUUAUAACAGGUAAUUUUGAUAUGAUAAUGAUUCUACUUCUUUUCCUGCCUCCCAAUCCCAGCAUGCUUCUGAAGGUAAUGGGUGUACACUGGGUGUAGUAUGUGGACUGCUGAGUCUGUAAAUUGACUUGUACUUUUGGGGUUGUUGCUAUAAUAAAGUUCCCUGUUAUAGUUCUGAAAACAGAAUGGAAACUUCUAAAAUGCAUGCAAAAUGCACAUAUGGGAGCCCUGCUAAUACUUUACAAGGUAUGACUUUUAAUGCACCCUUUGCAAAAGGCAACAUACUUGUCCCUAAUGAAUUGCAUACUAACAGUUUUGCCACCACAAGUCAGUUUAGAAAUGAUGAAAACCACAUAGGCCACAUUUUGCUGGCGCUCACUUAGGCCUGGACCUAAAACAACAAAUUAGUAAGGUUGGCAAGUCCCUCACAGGCCGCAUAGUUAUAAAUAGGAAGAAGGUGUCCGCACUCUGGCUCACAACUCUAACUAAACCUUAACCCUCCAAGCUAACAACAGCCAAAUUCCUGAACCUUCCAAUGCACUUACAGCUAGUAAUAGGAAAGAAAGCAUCCACACUGGGGAAUGGCUGGGCUGAGACUUGGCAGAUGUUUAAAUCUCCCACCCACCCAGCACCGAGAGGCCUUUUUUCACCCCUGUUACUAGUGGUAAGUGCAGGGUGUGUUCAUUAUUGCAUUGGCAAAAAAUACUUAAUUGUGUGUUAAUUACAUGGCACAUUCCAUGUAAAUUUUGCAUUUACUUCAUAAAUGAGCCCUACAAUUUUUGAAUGAGAAGGUUAACAGUAUAUUAUAUUAGGAAGGUAAAGAAAGCAGUUUUAUGUUGUUGUUGAUGUUAUUGGCCCUUUAAUGGCAUGCAAAUAUAUAUUAAUACAUUACAGUGUCACUAGGUGGCAGUGCUCCCCACUGAUAAUCUCUGCAGGUGGAAGGUGUGCACUGGAAGGCAGACAAUGACAGAGUGAGUAACUGGAGGAAUUCCCUACCUAUAAACACGUCACCUCCUCACUUGUUAAGUAAGGAAAGUGAAAGAUCCCUGUUAGUUCCCAGUUAUUCUCUCACCAAUCCUAUUGUAACCAACAGAGCCAGACAUACAGAAAGAGAUCCUGCCCUUGCACAAAUGCAUUUUCUUUUCAUCUGGGACUCCAGGUAUAAAAAGAUAAAGAUGGGAAGCACUAGGACAAACUGCAGCUCAGAAGCACAGAGGAACCAUCUGAGAGACCAGGGUUGCAGAGUCCUUGUUGAACACAGAACAUUAAUCCAGAAGCCAUGGAAAUUCCUAUCAGACUGGCCGCCAUGAUGGUCCUGCUGGUGACAGUGACAGCGCAUCCACACAGAAGGCACUGCCACAUGUCCAGAUACGGAUCUGUGUCCCCCAGUGAUAUAAGGGCAGUCAGACGCCUGCACAAUGAACAUGAGAAAAGUCCUUUCAGCGAUGGGAUAAAAUGUCAGAAGAAACUGUUUCGCCAGAAGCCGUCUGUAUGUGACCUGAAGGCAAGUGACAGACUGAUUCUGACUCUGGAGAGAGUUACCAUGGCUGUAGAUGUGCUGACAAACAUGACAGAGUCUCCACUUAGUGAAUUUGUAACCCAGCCGCUUGAGUUUUUCCAUAGCCUGGAAGAUGAUCUGAAGCACUGUAGGAAAUCUCCAUUGUACAGUGACCCUCCCUCCCAACAGCUGAUGCCGUGGCUGAACCAUCUCAAGCAUUUCAGGGAAAGGGUUUCCUCUCAGUGUGUGCAGGAUGCCGUGUUACUCAGCCUAACCCAGCUCCUAAUUGAAGAUGUAAUGUGUUGGGCUAAUAAGGAAUAAUGCCCUGCUCUCUCCAGGAGCAGAGUCAGUAGAAUCCAUAUGGACAGAUUAUCCCACAAGCUUCCCCUGCUCUACAAGCCUGCACAUCCCUAUCAGAGCCCAUACACAGGAGGCACCGGAUCAUUUACUCCUUCUCCAGACUGUCAGUCAUUCACAACAAUCCUCAUAUAGAGUAUGGGCAGUGCCCAGCUUCUUAUACCUCUACCUGCCAUUGUGCCCAUUGGACUGAUAAUUGGACUGGACUGGACCAACCUACACUUAAAUCAGAGGCUGCAGAACAAAAAUAUUACAAAUAUUAUUAUUUUAAUCUUAUUUAUACUAAUUUAUUAUUUUUGUAGUUUAUUAAUGCAUUGUAUUUCAACUCCCAGGAGGAGAUAUUGCUAAUAGUUUAUAUGUUUGUUGUUUUUAUAAAUAUGACUAUGAC